GUUCGAGUACCAGUAGAUAACCUGCUCAACAGGUAUUCGAACAUUGACGAGAAUAACAACUUUACAAGUUCCAUUACUAGUCGCAGAGGACGAUUCUUGAAAGUGGCAGAUCAGCUUCUUUCUGGAAGGCUUGCAAUUGCGUCAAUGUGUCUUGGGGGAACAAAAGCUUGUCUUUCUAUUGCCUUUCGCUAUGCAAAUUCUCGUCUUUGUGUUGGUCCUAAUGGCAAAAGCGAUACGGCUAUAUUGGCAUACCAACUUCAACAGAGGGCUCUGUUACCUUUAUUAGCCACAACGACUGUGCUAAAUAUCGGUUUGAACUAUUGCAAAACGAGAUGGGCAAAACAGACGGGAAAAGAUGUCAAAGACAUUGUACGUCUUUGCUGUGUUAUCAAACCUCUCGUAACUUGGAAUUUUGAAAGGACUGGCGCCACGUGCAGGGAGCGUUGUGGCGGGCAAGGGUAUCUUAGUGUUAAUAGAUUUGCUGGUUUUAUCGGAUUGGCUCAUUCUGGCAUGACGGCAGAGGGAGACAAUUCAGUUUUAAUGCAGAAGGUAUCAAAGGAAUUAUUGGCAGAUGUCAAAUCUGGCCUCGUGAAGCUACCCGACGUACCAGAUGCUGCUGCUGCUUUAACGUGGGAUCUGAGUAAGCUAGAGAAUUUGAUGAAACUGUUUAUAUUGAGAGAGAGAGGCCUAUUGCAAGAGCUCGAUAACAAUAUGUCAACGAAAAUGAAUGCGGGUGCUGCUCUCUUUGAUGUUUGGAUGCGACAAGAGUCUGAUAUUAUUCAAGCACUUGCUAAGGCACAUGGUGGAAGGAUUGUUCUUGAGCAAACCCUAAUUGCCAUUAACAAAUUACAAGGACGUUCUAGGGAGUUGCUGCAUCAGUUAGCUUGUUUGUACGCAUUGACCCAAAUUGAAGCCAAUCUCUCUUGGUAUAUGGUCAACGAUCUUAUAACAAAAGACUCAGCCAGAGAUGUUCCACCAUUAAUCAGAACUGUAGUGGCCACGUUGGCUCCGCACAGUAUUGCCUUAGUAGAUGCUUUGGGUGUUGAUCCUCGAGUGCUGUAUGCUCCCAUUGCUAAUGUAAACUCGUCCAGCACAUGGGAGAAAUUCAAUGAGAGAGAUAACAAAGGUGAAUUGACUGAAUUAAGGACCGGAAUGAGCAGGCUGUAA